CGAACCUGGGAAACUGACUGCAGCGCAAGGCAGUCCUCGGGCCAGUGACAGUCGGGGGACACGGCCGAGGCAAGGAAAUUGGCGGCAGUGCAAGGCGGCCCCAGGCCCAGGGACAAUCGGGUUGAGGGCCGAACCGCGAAAAAUCCAAGCAGCUGGCGGCAAUUGCUUCCAGGGAGAUAUAAGCCUAGUCGGCGCAAGCGAUGUGGAGGGAAAGAAGAGAAAGGUAUCCAAACUUCUCCGGCAUGCGUCACCGCAGCAAGAAUUGUCAGGGGACGUUCGCUUGCAGGUCUCAAUGGUUCUAACUUAGCAAUGAUAGGCCGUGAAAAAAACACGUGACUGCGCCUCCCACCUGUUAAUGAGGCACUCGCGACGACCCUGGGACCGUCCAAAAACGACCUACCAGGAAAGCUCGACCAAGGGAAAGGGGUCGAGGGCUCUAUCGGGCCAAUGUCAAAGCAGAAAAGCGCGCCUUCGGAUGUCUAGGCUUGGAGGUAGCCCCUUUUAACCUCAGCAAGCCCAGUGUUGGAUGGACGAGGAACCUGGUUUUGCACAUAGAGCGGGUGCGCCCGCUGGGUACGGCGAAAAAUGAAGACGCUGCGUCAGAGGCUGACCAACCUGGAGGAGAACAGAGGACAAGAGUGAUCGAAAGAGAAAGAGAGAAAGAGAGAGAGAAAGAGGUGGGUAUGGCUCGCCGGUGAGAAGACAUAACAGACAGAUAACCCAUUCAAAAAGCACCUAGCCUCUCUGGAGCGUGUGCCGAGAGGACCAGUCGAAUGUGUCAACUCAAUGUGGUGCUUCGCUGGAAUUAGAUCCACCGGUGAUGUGUGCGAGGCUGCUGGUGUCGCAGCUCCGUCGCACCAGUGGUGCAGAACCUCAUCUGUUGCAAGGUUUCUGGCAGCUGUUUGCGGGGCUGCCGUUGAACUGCUUCUGGAGCAUCGCCUGGACUUCCUUCCGCGUAGACGCUCUUGUGAGACCUAGGUACCACUCUGGGUGCUCAACGAGACCAGUCUGGAGCACCCACGACACCCUGUCAUAGCAAGCCUCGCCAGGCCUGGCCGUAUGACACUCGCAGGGAGUGGGGCACCCGGAACGAGGAUCAUGCUGCAGAACUGCCUGGACGUCUUGGAACGUCGAUUGCUUGGAGAGGCCAUCGUACCACUCCGGGUGGGUGAAGAGCCCGACUUUGAGAACCCACUCGACAUUGUCCAGGCACACGGAGUCUGGAGCCAGCUGCUCGCACUCCUCCCGGUCCCCCUCUUCCUCAUCCUCCUCCUGCUCCUCCGGAGGUGGCCCCACCCCUGUGGGCAGGGGGCUAGCCAAUCUAUCUAACAGGCCACCUGGAGGCAAAAGAAAAAGCUUCUGUUCCACCACGCGCGACGCAAGCCCAGCCCCCCGCAAGCUUGCACCUCGACUGCUACAGCAGACACAUACAGUGCGAAAUCUUCUCUUGAGACUGGCUGGGGUCACAUAAGCAGUCCACAUGUGAAAGUCUUAAGGUGCCCCAGACCAUCUGUGGACCCCCGGGAUCAUCGAGGGGUAAGGGACUUAUUGACAGACCAGCUUCUUAUUUGACAGCGCGGCGGACAGGUCGACCUUCGAACAUUGAGCCCCCACGCAACAACCUGACGUGAAGACAUUGCAGCGGGAAUGGCAAAACAAAACAAAAACUGGCUGGCAUUGAUCUCUCUGUGGCCUUUGCGUCAUCUGCUUGAUUGCUUCUUGGGCCCCAUGCCCCUCAGCAGGGGCUGGUUGACCGGCAGGACGCGUCCACAUCCGUAAGUUCCGGAGUCUUGCCCAAGGUCCCUGGGGGGCGGUGCAUGUGGACAUUGUCCCCCCCUCGGCGGCGGGCAGGUAUCCAUGUCCAUCACUCCUCGGGGCUAGGGCAGGACUCCGACGCAGUGGACAUGGACAUGUUCUCGUGGAGGAGGCGAGGGGCAGGGCCACCACAGUCCUGUUCGUGCCUCCCCUUCUCGCGCCCCCUCAUGCGAUCGGUACCUCUGGCGGCCUCGCCCCUGCCAGGACCUUCCCUCAGAGGAGCCGGCGUGCCUCCGCUGGAGCGGCUUAUCGAGCACGACUCUGGGCACCUGCCAUGGUUGUACAGGAACGCCUGCAACGAGUUGAGGCUAGCAUUCCGCUCCAGGCCAGGGUAAUCGUCCGGGUUUGCCUCGACAUCGCCCAUCAGGCGCACGAUGUCACGGUGACAUGGCUCGCCCUUGUUUUUCAAGGGCGCAGGAGGCGGAGAACGAGAAGGACGAGGAGGCGGGAGACGAAAAUGACGGGGGAGGAGAAGGAGUGGGAGGAGGAGGAGGAAGAGGAAGAGGAUACGGAUGGGGAAGAGGGAGGAGUGGAGGGAGGAGGGGAAUGGACGAAGGUGGUAAGGCUCGCCCUCUGCAUCCACGCCCAGAAUGCAGGAGCGACUGAAGCCAUGGGACUGGUUGAACAACUCUGAAUACGCCCCUAUUCCAAACAGAAGUUGGUUGGUCAAUGUUCAUGUGUAAAGAUAACAAGGAUGUGCCAAGGAUAAACAACAACCAAACGACAAAACUCCCAAUCUUCAGAGUACCCUCUGAACUAUGGGAGACAAUGACCAACCGAGAUGGCCACGCUGGCUGCAACCGUCCGUGACCAACAUAUCCUCAUUUCAAUUCUAC